GCCAUUAAACCGACAGUAGAAGAAUAUGUUGUUUCCUGAUGGCGGAACCACAGACAGUAAUGACUACGGUCUGAAAAGGAAUCAAGACUUUCUGGUAACAACAAAGGCACACUUCGAUUCAUUGUGAAAGCCUCGCUGUGCACACCGACAGUAAUUUGCACCUUGCUCCUACCCUUCAUUUGGAGCCCAGUGCAACAGUCGCCGUUGCCAGCAGCACCAGAGGGACCCAUUUCAUAUUUGGACCUGUUGCUGCUGCAGUGACAGCUCUCCGAUUGGCUCAGGUUGAAACUCGGGCGCAGAUUGCUCUUCAGCAGCUUGCUACUCUAGUGACCAUAACUGUUGGCAACCAAUUUCACAACAACAACAACGAAUUUGCAGUGGCAUUACCUACUCACCUGGCUCUCCUAAGUCUUCUCAAUAGACAGCAGGUGUCAGCUGCUGGGUUUAACGUGGACACAAACGGCAAAACUUACAGAAACGCACAACAAAGUCUGUCUGCUGCCAUGUACCACCACCACUCCCAGCAACAAGGGCCACAGCCCUUCUCUAAUGGGCCCAGGCCUCCUCAUCAGCCACCUCCAAAUCAACAUCAGAAUCCUCCCUCUAAUGUGCUGUCGCAGGCGAUUGGUUUCCAGUUUCCUCGUCCCACCCAGCUCCCUGAUGAGCUAGAGUCCGCCCUGGCUAUCCGGGGUGCUAGGGACAUGGAUCACCGUCUCAUCGACCAUACGAACCGACCGAACCAACACCAGAACCAAGGCUCAGGUUCUGGGAUCAGUCAACACGGAAACUACGGCUCUAACUCAAUAACACCCACCUCUGAUAAUCAGCCUGGCCACCAGCAAGGAGUAGACUGGUCAAACUACCAACCUCCAGCUAAACUGUUUGCCAAUCCUCUACCCAGUGCUGGCCACCAGUCCCAGCGACACCAGGGCCCUCAACAGCAGCCACAGAGCAGCCAUGCUGGAACAAGCAUCCAAAACUGGACUUCCACCGGAAGUGACUCCGCAACACCCCAAUCCCGGCACCCCCAUGGUGGCGGGGGGGAUGGUCAGGCUUUGUACACACCAGAGAGUGCAGGGAGCAUCUUGGCUAGCUUUGGACUUUCAAAUGAGGACUUGGAAGUGCUGAGUCACUACCCUGAUGAUCAGCUAACGCCAGAUACUUUACCCUUCAUACUCCGUGACAUCCAGAUCAACAAGUCGGGCAACCAAAAAAAUGUUGCUUCCUCAUCCUCGUUCUCACGUAGCCAUGAUAUGCCACUGCCUCCUUCCCGCUCUUCACCAUUGGCCCGUUCACACUCACCAGAAGUGCCCAGCCUUCUCACUGUUACACAGACGGCAGGUAAAGUCAUUGACUAUGGUCAUGCCAGUCGGGCAAAGGAUGAGAGCGCUACCAGAGAGACUUUCAAAAGGGAGCCACUGUCCACUGAAAGGACAGUUAAAAUGUACCCAUCCUCGUCGUCCUCAUCGGCUCCAAAAUUAGAUAAAGUUGAAAGGCGGCAGAUUCGUUUGGAACAUAGUGACUCAAGCAAGCACGGAGACCGGGACUAUCGCAGGACCAGCAGCGACCAUCGCAAGAGCAGUCGGUCACCUGGGAGAGAAUUUCCAUCAUCAUCCAAAUCUCGUAAUCUAGACCGAGACUACAGGCGUGAAGGACCCAUACCUAGGCCCUCAUCUGAAACCAAGAACGAAGCUCCCUUGCGGCGGUCUCUCUCCUCUUCGUCUGGCUCAAAACCACGCAGCAGCAAGAAGUUACCUACCCCCACCAUGAUAAGUGAUUUCUCAGCUGUGUCUCCAAAGGUGUACCCCCAUACCUGCUCCCUGUGCCACACACAGUGUGAUCAGGAAAAGGACUGGGUUGACCAUAUUAACACCGUCAACCACACUGCUGCCUGCAGAGACCUGCGCAACAAGUACCCUGACUGGAAACCAAAUCUACCAAGUCGGAGUGGACGAUACGGCAGCCGUGCUCUGUGGGAUCCCAAGGAUCACUCUCCAUCCCAUUCUGCUUCUCGAUCCCUCUCUUGUUCUCCUACCCCAAGUCCUCCUCACGGCAAACACAGGGUGGGCCGCCCCCACCCCCAUAGGCUUUCCACGGGGCCUUACUCUUCUCACCAUCAACCUCGCCACCAACACUACACAGAACACAGCCAUCGGUUGGACCACAGUCCCCCCCGCUCACAUCUAACCUCCGGGGCCUUCAGAGAGCAUUGGCCUGAAGGGAGGGACAGGGAAUCGUCAGAGGGGUCUUCUCGCAGUGGUGUUAAGCGUCCGUAUGAUUCAACCAAGUUCUCCACUGACACCAGAAGACAUCCAUCCUCCUCUAAGGCGGGUCAUACUUUCAAACAUGGACCAUUACAGUCCUCCGCCAAAAUGGUCAAGAGCGGGAAGAAGCCUGGAACAAAGACGACUAAGAUCGGAAUUGCCAAGGCUGCUGACAGAUCUGCCAAGCUUCCACCAGCCAAGAAGAAGAAAAAAAUGACGACUCCAGCCUUCCAGGAUUUAUCUGUUGCAGAUCGUCUGGUUUAUCUGACAGGCAUUCCAAAGGAUGCGUCUGAGCAGGAAGUUACUGAAUUGGUGGGGUCCUUUGGCAAGAUCAACAACGUGAUCCUCAUGCCGUGCUCCGAGGAAGAGAGCGAGACCGGUGAAGGACAAAAGGCAUCUGUAUGCUUGGUGAAGGCUGAAGAUGCCCAGGCUCUGGCUAACUCCCCGAAUCUCUCCAUCAGAGACCAACAAAUCACUGCUUUAAAAGCCAAGAAAGCUGAAGCAGGACAUUCCUCUGACUCGAACAACAGAAACCCUACUUCAGGACAGGACAAAGGUGCUACUGGGGAAGACCCUGCAGGAGGUGACGCUGACCAGAAGACAUAUAAUGAGAAGGGCUUGGUGUUGAUCACAGGUUGUCCUGAGAGCGACUGGUCAGAGAAUGAUAUCAUCAACCUAGUCAAGCCCUUUGGAACUCCCUCUGACAUCAUCCAGGCACCACAAAUCGGAAAGGUACUGGUGUCCGUGCCAGACACAGAGACUGCUCAAGAGAUGGUGAAAAUCUACACCUUCACGCCUGCGAAGAUUAACAACUGCGAGCUGAAGAUGAUCCAUCUCAAACAGCGCAUCAGUCUCAGCACACCGGUGGCUCUCUACAAUCUUCUGAUGGGAUCAGUGGACCCAUUAGAGAGUCCUGGUCCAGUAGGCUGGAACUGCCUGUUGGUCAUCAGUAAUGUUCCCAACACGCCAACCGGCUCUUCUGAGGUCCAGAAAAUGGUGCGACGCUUUGGUACCGUCAUCAAGACCGUAGUGCUCAACAAUAUGGUCAUUUGUGAGAUGGCAACUGCUGCCAUGGCCUUGUCUGUUUACAAACGUUUCCAGACGUUUCCGUGCAUCAUCCAGAACAACCCUCUGUUUUUCUCCCGCAAGCCUGACCCCAAAGCCAACACACAGACCAAAGUCACUUCAUACCCUGAUUCAUCUGAGGAGACACCUGCGAAUGGCAAAGCAGCAGCCACAUCUGCAGACAAAGAGAAUUCUGAAUCUCCAUUGGAGGCGAUUGAAAAAGCCGGUGACGGGAAGGAUGAGAAGACGAAGAACAGUGAAAAGAUGGUUGGUGAAGGCGAAGCUUUGGAAGAAAACUGGAGCAAAGACGACAAGAUAACAAAAGACAAGCUUGCUGUUGAUCUUUCGGACUCAUUGGCCGCACCACACGCCAAACCAGGAGUAGACUUGGAGACCGACAUGAGGGACAAAUCAACUGUUAAAACUGUCGUGGAAACGGCAGAAGACAACAUAGGUGUCAACGCUCCCACAACAGGAAAUGACAAGACUCCUGCCGGUGAAGAGACAAAGCUGUCUAGCUCUGAUGGCCAAGCAGCUUCACGGGAGACGGCCAUUCAAGAGCUCCCUAAGGUUACUCAAGAGAUGGUUAAAGCGCUGCUUGUGGAAUGCCGAACCAGAACCGCCAGCAAUCCCAACAACACAGCCGCUUCCACCAAUGGAGAACAGGGUGGGGCUCAAAUAGAGACAGAGCAGGGCGAAAAAGCCACAGAGGGGACAAAAGAGCCAGCAAAGAACCACACAGAGGAGGAGGAGGAGGUGAAGAAGCAGGAGAGGGAGCGAAAGGAAAGGGAAGCAAGAAAGGAGAGGGAGGCGAGGGAGAGGGAGAGGAGGGUUUGGGAAAAGGAGGAGAGGACCAGGCGGGACAGGGAGCGGGAUGAAAGAGCCAGGAGGGAGAGGGAGAAGAGGGAGGAGGAGAGGAGGGAGAGGAAGAGAACACACAGGGAAAGUUUGUCAGGGUCCAGGUCGUCCUGCAGGUCGGAGGGGUACAAGCAAAGCUCCUGGAGGGAUGCGCUGUAUAACAACUCUGAAGCGGAGACCGAAAUGGUAGAGAAGGAGGAGGAGGAGGAGUUUGAUGACUUCCCGUUCAACAUGAGUGACUUUGUGACGGUGGAUGAAGUUGGAGAUGUGGCCGACCUUCCUUGCUCUUCUCCUCCUCCCUCUGUUCCUAUGGAAACCACAGAUGGAGGGGAGGACGCUUCCACACCAUUCCAACAGGACACUCCAGGGGACACGCCCGUGGGGGUUACCCCAGAAUCAACGAUGUCAGAUGCCCCGGCAACCCUGGUGCAGUCUGAGCACGUGUCCCAGUCUGAACCUGUGGCUGUGCCGAUCGCUGAGACUUUAGAUGGUUUAGUGUCAUCAGAUUUAAAACCCAGACUGGUCCUUAUCGCUGCAGCAUCCCCCUCUCCGCCGUCACAAGCUGACUCUUCACCCAGCCAAACACAUGUGCCAACAUGUCAAACAGAAGCACCUCAGAUCAAAACUGAGACUCAGAUCCCACCUCACACUGACAUCAAAACUGAGACUCAGAUCCCACCUCACACUGACAUCAAAACUGAGACUCAGAUCCAUGACAUCAAAACUGAGACUCAGAUCCCACCUCACACUGACAUCAAAACUGAGACUCAGAUCCCACCUCACACUGACAUCAAAACUGAGACUCAGAUCCAUGACAUCGAAACUGACACAGAAGCCACACUGGACUCCACCACUGAGGUUGAACCCCUUCUCCAACCUGCCCCUGCAGCUUCAGCUGCCCCAGCUGACUCCUCCUCAAACAGCCCAGCAACAGGAGUAGUGACUUCAGAGAAUGAGAGGGAGAACGAUGCUCUUAAUUGCCGUCAGGUUAAGGAGGAGGAGAUGGUGUCGGACAUGACAGAGGAAAAGGAGAAGAUGCAGGAUGAAGAGGAGAAAGAGACAGGAGCUCCUGCUGGGGAGACAGUAAAGUGCAAGAGGUCUGAAUAUCAAGCAACCGCUGAAGAGGAGAGUGUGAAGAUGAAGUUAAAGACGGACACUCCCAUGAGUACAGACUUCUCCCUCCCUCGUUUUGAUCCCAGCAGCCCAGUUGGUAUGGAGUUCUUGGUCCCAAAGACGGGUUUCUUCUGUAAGGUGUGUAAUAGGUUCUUCAGCGGAACCAAAGAGGCAGAGAUAAACCACUGCAAAACGCUCAAACACUACGAGAACCUACAGAAAUACUUGCAGACCACGAAGACAGUGAAUGUGACUGUCAAAACUGAAUCCAUCUGAAUAGAGAUAUGAAAUAUUGACUGAAUUCACCAUUCCCCUCCUGUUUUUGUCUCUUCAUUUCUCACUAAGGGUCCAGAUUAUCAUUGAUGUAGAUUAGUCUCAUAUCCUGUCUAAAUUGGAUAUCUGCUCCAGACUUUUCAUGUACAAUUAAGAUAUAUGUGUAGAAACUGUGUACAGUGGAAGAUGGCUGGAAGUAAGAAGUGUGCAAAAUCAAUAAAACGUUGUACUAAA